AUGGUUUCUUCAAUCCGUCCACGAACUCCGGCAACGUCACCAUCACAUGGCGCCGAGAGAUUAGCAGGAAUUCCAGAGAACGGAAAGCAUAAUAAUAACGCCAAUCCCCCUCGUCGUACCAGUCUUGGUGGUUUAUUACUUCGUCGAUCCAAGUCCGGAAAUUUAAACUCCAAGCAUAAGAAGGAUCUUGCUCAGUUGCAAGAGCAAGAGCGUGAAAGACUCCUUCGCGAAGCAGCUGCGAUCCCCCGAUCUCCACCUCGUCUUCCCGACCUUGCUGUCCCGACACAUUUUCCCUCGUUUGGUGGUGAAGAGAGACCGGGUUCGGCAACGUCUGGAAAUAGUGCUCAAGGUGCGAGAAGUGCCUCGAUGGAUCCUCAAGCUCGAUCUUACACAAUGAGUAGCACACUCAGUGUGCCAGCUCCUCCAGCUCCUUCGGGUGCGAGGAAUGGUGGUUGGGUUGAUCCUUAUGCUAGAUCAGAGAGCAUGACACAUCGGGGAAGAUACAGCUAUGCAAGCAGUGCCGUGAGCACAAUUAAUAGUCCUCGCAGAGUGCGAAGACGCAAAGAUCCUACUCCAUUUAAUAUUCUCAUCAUUGGCGCACGCGGUGCAGGCAAAACUUCUUUCCUUAAUUUCCUCAAAACCUCCCUCGCUAUCCCUCCCAAGAAGAGAUCGAAGCCCGAACCAUUGGCCGAAGAUAUAUUUGCUUCGCGUACCCCCAAGUCUGGAAAAUUCGUCUCGCAUUACCUCGAAUCGGAAAUCGAAGGUGAACGUAUCGGUGUAACCUUGUGGGAUUCGGAAGGCUUGGAUAAAAAUGUCGUGGAUCUUCAACUUCGAGAUAUGUCUUCAUUUCUCGAAAGUAAAUUUGAAGAAACUUUCACGGAAGAGAUGAAGGUGAUGAGAGCUCCAGGUGUUCAAGAUACACACAUCCAUGCUGUAUUCCUCAUUCUCGACCCCACACGCCUGGACCAAAAUAUUGAAGAUGCAAAGAAUGUGACCACGAAUGGAAAUGGACAUUUUGGAGUAUUUGGUACAGGCCCUCGUUUGUUUGGUAGUCUUGAUGAAGAUCUUGAUUUACAAGUCCUUCGUACAUUGCAAGGAAAAACUACUGUUAUUCCGGUCAUCUCAAAAGCCGACACGAUUACAACGGCCCACAUGACGUAUUUGAAGAAGACGGUUUGGGAUAGUCUGCGUAGGGCUAAUCUCGACCCACUUGAAGCACUCGGACUAGAUGAUGAACCCGAAAGCCCAAUUAUCGGCCACAGUCAAAGCCGCCUCGAUGAAAGAGAUGAAUAUGCUACUUCGGAGCAUGGUUCAGCUUCUUCAGGUGGUUCUCCCAAUUCCAAGCGUCUUUCCUCGGGUUCCAUUCGUCGGCAUAAACGCGAAUCGGAAAUCAGCGAGAUCCCUUAUUUACCUCUCUCAAUCAUCAGCCCCGAUUUGUAUGAACCCGAUGUCAUUGGUCGUAAAUUCCCAUGGGGUUUUGCGGAUCCGAUGAAUGUCGAACAUUGUGAUUUUGUACGUUUGAAGGAAGCAGUUUUUGCAGAAUGGAGAGGUGAAUUGAGGGAGGCGAGUAGGGACCUGUGGUAUGAGGGAUGGAGAACUAGUCGCCUUAAGGAAAGGGAGGGUCUGGCUAGACGAUGA